CACAGAUAUUCACAGCGCCGUGUCACCCAUUUGUUUACAUCGCGCCCUGCUGCCUGACAGUCUGACACUAGCAAAAUCCCAGACCCGCGCGGAUCCGUAACUCCAGCCAUCGGCACCUUGAAUCCGCCCAAAAACACGGUGCUUAAGUAAUCAUGGAUGGGCGCCCUGCAGCGACUCAGCGGAUGAGCUGCAGCGAGCCAAGCAUGGCCCCUGUCAGGUCCCAAUCCAAUGUUCAAGCUUAAACCUCUCUCCAUCAGCCAAACAAGUCACUGGAGUAGGAGACGACAUCAUACUGUCCUGUUCAUCUCGUCCGAUGACUUGAGAAAGGAAACGUGCGCUUUACAGGGUUCAAAGGUUUCAGUUUGAGCGUUUAAAUUGCAAGAGAAGACACAAGAUCCAGGGUUUGACCAAACUUUAUGUCGAUGAGAUUGAGUGUCUCACGACCAAGUCUGCACAUCCUCGCAAGACCACCAAUCUUGAGCAGCCGUAACUGCAACAUCACAGCACCAUUGACAACCAUGGCGUCCAACUCUACCCUUGCGGGCAAUGGUUAUAAGCCCAGAUAUAUCGAUAUCGGAAUCAACCUCGCCGACCCCAUCUUCCGCGGCCACUACCACGGCAAGCCGCGCCACCCCGAUGACCUCGCCGGCGUCGUCCAGCGCGCCAUCGACGUAGGCUGUACCAAGCUCAUCGUCACCGGCUCCAGCUUCAAGUCCUCGCGCGACGCCCUCAAGAUCGCCCAACAGUUCCCUCACCACGUCUACACAACAGCCGGCAUCCACCCCUGUUCGUCCUCCAUCUUUUCCACCUCGCACCACAUGCACCAUGACGAAUCCGGCUCCGAGUCUGAACAAUCUCCUGCUGCCCCAGAAACAGAAACAGCAGCCGACUCGGCCUCCACCCCGAUCCCCAUCUGCGCCGACCCCGACCCUGACGCCCCACAACCCGAAGACCCUUCUCUAAUCGACCACGUCCGCACCCCACAACUCAUCGCCUCCCUCUCGGACCUCAUCGACUCCAACCGUUCUCCAAAGGGGGGACUCAUUGCCUUUGGCGAGUUCGGCCUCGACUACGACCGCCUCCACUACUGCUCGCGCACCAUCCAACUACAUUCCUUCCGGGCCCAACUUUCUCUCGCCGCCUCUCUCACCCCGCAACUACCCCUUUUCCUACACUCGCGCGCCGCCCACCGGGACUUUGUCGACUGUCUCAAGGAAGCCUUUGGUCCGAACCUCGAGCGACUAGAAAAGGGCGGGGUGGUGCAUUCCUUCACUGGCACGCUGGAAGAGAUGCAAGAGCUUAUGGAUUUGGGACUCUUUAUUGGUGUGAACGGGUGUAGUUUCAAGACGGAUGAAAACUGUGCGGUUGUCAAGCAGAUUAGGUUGGACAGAAUCAUGUUGGAGACGGAUGGGCCGUGGUGUGAGGUCCGGGGCGGACAUGAGGGGUGGAAGUACUUGGUGAAGUAUCAUGCGAGGGAGAGGGAGGUUAGGGAGAAGGCUGAAGAAGAGGCGAGGAAAAAGAAGGAGGAAGAAGAGGAAGCAGCAAAGGCCCUCGCAGACGUUUCUAUCAAUGGUAAUGGGACUGAAGUGGAAGUCGGGAACGGCGGUACCCCGGACAUCAGCGGGACCUCCACACCCAACAACCCCAGUGGCCAACAACAACAACAGCCGGGUCAAAAACGCGAACGGCGCAAGAAGCAACCCCAGCCGCCUCCACAGCCAAAGAAGAACAAGAACGCAAAGAAAGAAUCGGACGUGCCUGAGCGGUUCAAGGUCGUCAAGAAGGAGAAAUGGGAAGAAGGGGCUAUGGUCAAGGGUCGCAAUGAGCCGUGCACGAUUGAGCGGAUUGCGAUUAUUGUGGCGGAGAUCAAGGGCAUCUCGGUGGAGGAGGUAUGCGAGGCUGCUUGGAGGAAUACUGUCAAGGUGUUCGGGUUGGAGGAGUGAGUGAGAGGAUGGAGACGACAUGAAGAGAUUGGGGAGAAACUACUGUAAAAGGUAGAAGGUAAAGGAGUUGGGGCGUUGUUUUCGAGUUAGGUAUAUCAAUCUGAUGAAUGCCCGAAAAGAAGGUCAUAUUUCGACGAUAAACCUAUCAUGAUUUGAAAUGGCAGGUAACCAUGUCCCUAGUUGAUAAAAAAAAAAAAAAACCGUACAAUACCAUAGACGCUGCCUCCCACUUUGCGGAUGCUAGUUCUGUAAUGAAGGACAGGAUGCUAUUCCCAAC